AUGACUACAGAAAAUAGUUUCGAAUCAAAUAUAGAUAUUAACUCAGAUGAAGAAAUUAAAUAAGUAAAAAUAUGUCCAUUUUAAACUCACUUCCAAUAUUGCUAUUAAGACAAUACUUAAAUAAAUACAUAAAAUGAAUAAGCUAAUCAACCUAUACCAUCUCCUGAAUAUAAAUUCAUGGGAGUGAGCUAUAGUAAUGAUGAAUAAGUUUAAUAUUAAUUACUAAAACCAAAAAUGGUUAACAGAACAUUGCAAGAUCAAGUUAUUUCAUCUUGUACAAUUAAUGUCAGCAAAAGUGUGGACAUUUUUACAGAAAAUAAAAGAAACUAAAAAAACAAUAAACCUUAAGUUGCUAGUAUGUAAUAAAUUAGAUUGAACAGAUCUAAAAAGAAAAAUUUAAGUUAAAAUCAUGAUAUCCCUAUUAAAAAAACUAGAAAUGGUAAAAAUACACCAACAAAAAUAAAAAAUGUAUCUCCAUAAGGAAUACUGAAAACAUGUUCUUUUGAAGCACAAUAAAAUUAGAAUUCAAAUAACGUAUCUUAUCAACUGAUCUCGAAUAAGAAAGUGUCAUUUGAGUUCACUCAAGAAUAAAUAAAAAGUAUGAAAAAAAUUAAUAUUGCCAAUGUUCUUAUUAAUUAAAGAACGAGAUAUGUUUUUAUAUGA